UUAACAAAAACUGAAGUUGACAAACGUAUCGCUGUCGGCUGAAACUGUGAGAAAGAGUUUGUGUUUUCGGCGAAGCGGGGGAAGCAGAAGAAGGCGAUGCGGCUCUCGGCGGGGUUUGCGGGCAUGUAAGUGGUUUUCUGUGAGUGAGGGACGGCUGUACGGCGGCGUUUUGUUUUGAUUUCCAUGUGAAACGCAAUUAGUGCUCCGCGGUGCUCUAUAGUUUGGCUCGCGCAGCGGAGCGCACUCUGAACUUGUUUCUCUCCUCGGAAGCACAACAUGGAGCAUUACCAGGAAGAUUUGGGACUCCGGGCCACCAAACUGAUGGAGGACCUUUCUUUGUAUGAUGCGUACCAGGACGGGAUGUACGAUGCGAGGAGAGACUUGGUGAUUAACCCCGAUUUAGACUUUUCGGCUCCGGCACUGGUUGAGCAUAAAGCCAAGCCGAUGAAUGGGACCUCUGUGCUUCACCAGCAGCAUCACACAGUGGAGAAUUUCUCGUCCGGGAAUAAAGUGUACAACGCGGCUCCAGUGCGCCCGGUGAAUUGCAACCGGACGGUUCCUGUGGAUUUUUGCGCCCCUCAGAGGGACGCGGUUUAUAACGAGGAUGGUUGUUGCACCAAAUCCGAAGUAGCUUUGCCUUGUUAUACAGGCACUUCCGAGAGACACAGGAGGUACUCUCUGGAGGUGCAGGGCCACAGGUACAGCACCGGCUCCACCUUUGACGGCGUGCCGCUCAAUAAACCGGUGGCUGUGCCCGGCAACAGGUGCAACAGUGUCUGCAUCGCCAGCAGCCACGACGGGAGAUAUAACGCCACCAGUCCUCGCUCCAGCCUGGCAUCUUCUCUGUCUUCUCAAGAGCAAAGCAAGCAUGCCAGCCCGAGGUCGAGCAUCAGCAGCCCGCGUACCAGUCUGGUGGUACCGGGUCAGGAGAGGUACACGAGCCCUAGAUCUAGUUUGGUUCACUGCGAAGGAAACAGUGUCCUCAGUCCCCGAUCCAGCUAUGCAAGCACCGCCAGCGACACGAGUAAACACUCAAGUCCCCGGGCCAGCCUCAACAGCUGUGACUGCUGCAGCAAGCCCAACAGCAACCGCACCAGCGGCAUCAGCAUGGGCUACGACCAGAGGCACACCAGCCCCAGGUCGAGCACUGCGAGCCAAUAUUCCUUCACUACCAGCCCGAGAUCCAGUUACUCUGACUCUCGGUACGGGCCCGUGGUCAACCAAGAUCUGGAGGGAGUCUUGCACUCAGCGCCGCUGGCGAGUCCUCGCUCCAGCAUCUGCAGCCAGGACGGGAGCGCAAGACCGGGGACAAGCGCAAACUGCGUGGUCAGCCCCCGGUCGAGCAUCUCCAGUCACAGCUCCAGAAGUUCCCGCAGCUCCAGGGGGUCUAUGAGCACCUAUCCGGAUCUGCAGCUUCCUUCCCCUAGGUCAUCCAUGCUGGGAACCAGUUUACACGAAGAUACGCUGCUGCAGGAGUUUGGAGACUCCAACGGAGUUCAGAAUCGCAUCCAUCUCCAGGGGCUUUCGGCAGUGCCUGAACCCCAGCAGCAGUCGGGGCAGACGGGAGGGACCGCGGAUAUACCCUCAGGGUCGCCUUCCUCUUAUAGUUAUGUGAUGCCUUCAAAAACGGCUUCCUCGGGCCAGAGGUUUAAACUACCUUACCAGGUGACCCCCAGUCGAGAGAGUGGACCAAGCCAGGCGGAGAAAAGGCUGGAGGCGCUCACCUUGGAGCUGGAGAAGGAGUUAGAGAUGCACAUGAAAAAGGAAUACUUUGGUAUUUGUGUCAAAUGUGGGAAGGGUGUGUAUGGAGCCAGCCAAGCGUGCCAGGCCAUGGGGAACCUCUAUCACACAAACUGCUUCACCUGCUGCUCUUGUGGGAGGAGGCUACGAGGGAAAGCGUUCUACAACGUCAAUGGAAAGGUCUACUGUGAGGAGGACUUUCUGUACUCUGGUUUCCAGCAGACGGCUGAGAAGUGCUUUGUGUGUGGUCACCUCAUCAUGGAGAUGAUCCUCCAGGCACUAGGCAAGUCCUACCAUCCCGGCUGUUUCCGCUGUGUUGUGUGUAAGGAGGGUCUAGAUGGAGUGCCUUUCACUGUGGACGUUGAGAACAACAUCUACUGUGUCAAAGACUACCACACGGUUUUUGCCCCCAAGUGUGCCUCAUGUAACCAGCCCAUCCUUCCAGCCCAGGGCUCUGAGGAAACUAUUCGCGUUGUUUCUAUGGACAAGGACUACCACGUGGAGUGCUACCAUUGUGAGGACUGCGGUCUCCAGUUAAAUGAUGAGGAAAGGCACCGCUGUUAUCCACUGGAAGGCCACCUGCUCUGCCACGACUGCCACAUCCUUCGGCUCCAGUCGCAGGUUCCUGCCCAUGCGCCCCCCAGCUACCCUCUCCAUGUCACUGAACUGUGAUUGGGAGAACUAAGCUCCACAUCCCAGGUGAUCUGGGACACCAGCAGUGGGCAAAAAAAGGCCUGCACCCUCUUCAGCAGUUCCAGAGAAGCCUCUCUGUGGCCAUCUGAGUUACUGCCCCCGUCCUCAGCUGGACAGCCAGUCCGUGGACUAACACACACAGUGCAGCUCCCACCACAAGCCCUGCUAUUACAUGCUAGGGUUGGGGAAAAGGGUCCCUCCCUUACCCUCCAUUUGUGGUCCUUUCCAUCCCCCUCCCCCUUGGGCGCCUAACCCUGAAAGUCAACACGCCAGCUCACCCAGAGGCCCCUGAUGACGUCACACCUCCUGACCCCAGCACAUUCAUCAGAAAGAGGGUUUCUGGAUUGGAGGAGAAAGCGCAAAUUCAACUCUCUCCUUGCUUUCUCUCUCAUCCUUUCUGUAUCUUUCACUCUUAUGCUUUGACUGAAGCAAUUUACCACGUGAAUUCACCAGUGCUGUCACAUCUGAGAACGCUGCUGAUGUUAGCGUCAGGAAGGCCGGGGAACGAGCCACUGCAUUCCAGUGCUGGCUGGGCCGGACAGGCCCAACGGUGGGCAUGCCGUGCCUUCAGAGUGGGCUCUCCCCGUGUAGCUUCUAACACUGAAAUGGAGUCCUGCUAAAGGCUAUGCAAUGGACACCCAGCAUUCAUGACACAGGGCUGUGAUGAAAAACUGUCACCCUUGCACCACCUCGACAUCACCGAUGCAGAGUAGCACCACAAGCCCAGAGGACGGACUGACAUUCCACUUAGAAGUCACAAGCAGUGUCUUAAUUAAUGAUUAUAUGAUGACAGAAAAUUUUAGAUGCACAUAGAUUGUCUUUUAUAUAUGGAUAUAUAUUUUGCAGACAUUUUCCACAUCAGAUCUUAGAUGUAGAUUCUUGUUUUGUUGUUUUCUUUUUAAUGUUGCUGCGCUCAUGGUAGAAUCAGUCUAAAGCCUCGGAAGCUUUUGGUCUGUUGUAUCAUUUCUCCUCCAGGACACAGAGCCUCUUCAUGCCUGUCAGAGAUUCACAGGCUUUGUAGGAGCAGACCAGGAUCAAAUAGUAUUUGCCUUCAGUUGUUUUGUCCCACUUUGUACACCCAGUGAAAUGAGUUUCUUUUAGCCCUUACUCACCAUAGAAAGCUUACAAAUCAAGCAUCGCAUUAGUUCAGGCAGGCCUUGAAACUAGGCUUGGGUGCACUCUUCUUCUUCUUCUCAGCUCACCGCCUUCUACAGAUCCAAUUAGCAAAUCACAUACAGGGUGCACUAUUUAAUAAGCUUUAGCCUGCAUACAGGUACUACACACCUGCAAGUCACAUUGCAACCCAUCUCCAUCACAGGAGAUGGAGUUUCACGCUGGUGCUCUAAGGACAAGGGAGUCCCAGACCAGGCCAAAUAGAAAAUACUUCUUUUGGUCAUGUGCUCCCUGACUGAACCAAUGUUAUCAUUCUCUGUCUUUAACAGACAACAGAUGAGCAGUCCCAUCGCACAGAUUGUAUAGAGGCAGCUAUACGUUGUAGUUAAAUCCUACAAAAUGUAAAACAAAUAUUAAUCUUUAUUUCAGACCCUUUUAAAUUUAUCUUCAUGCCUUCUGUCAUCACACCACAAGUCAUCAAAGUUAUAUCAUUAAGAUUAAGACUUAGCUUAAUCCUAACGUCUUAAGAGAUUAGCCGGAGAUAAGUCUUUAAAUACAGAGGAUUAGGGCUUUUGGUGCAACACUAAAGGACACUCAGCAGUCGCACAAGGCAGAUGUCCACAGCUCACAGGAAAAAUUCCAGCUGUGACUCACUGUUGGAGAAAUUUCCAAAAAUAAAGCAUUCAUUAGCUCUUUUUUUUAUCUACAGUUCUCAAAGUGGGGUCUGAGGAUCCCCAGGGGUCCGCAACCUAUUGCUAAGUGGUCCUCAGAAUAAAUUCCUGUAAGUUAGAAAACUGAACUUCAUUGUUUAAAUUCACAGAUAUAGACUGGAACUAUUUGCGCCAGUAAAAGCAGCAUAUUGGAUCCAUUAUUUCCCUCCCACAUUAGGUUGGGAAACAUCAUAUCAGUCUGUCACCAGCUCUUACUUCUCUCAGGGUGCACUAUAAUGUUCCUGUUACUAUUUAGCUCGGUGUAUUAGACCGCUGGGUUGCUGGCGCGCAUGGAGAAAUAUCAGCCCACAGCAUCUGGUGACACUAAACACAAUUAAUCUGUUUAGGGUUUAUAAUAUAGUGGUUGUGGAAAAAAAUUUCCCCCAGUAAAAAAGUGUGAGAACUCCUUGUUUUAAACUAUAUAGGGUAUAUUCUUGGCUAAAGACAGUUUAUUCAAACAGUUUUUAAAGCUACAAGACUGGGACAGUGUCGUUUUGAUAGGCUGGUGAUUGUCAUGCAGGUAAGCAUAUAUGAUCAUUUGUUUCAACCAGGAAGUAGCUGAAUUUCCUUAAAAGAGAGACAUAAAAGGCCACACUCUCUCUGCUACCAUGGGUAAACCAAGCGGGUUAAAACAGACUGAACGCUUGUCUACAAAUACCUUUUGCUCCAGAUCUGUUCAGGGCGCUGUUUCCUGAUGUUUUUGCAGACUUUUUUUUUUUUUUUAAAUCACAUCAGCACAUCGUGCAUUACUAUGAGGAAUCUCCACUUGUCCACAUGCCUUAAGACAGAACAGGUUUGUUUGUGUGUCUUUCUCUGGUCUGCCAUGAAGCCUGCUGUUGUGUUUCGGGAGGAUGUACCUGAGAACACGGAGCUGCUGGUCCCACCUGUGUUCUUUAGGGAGUUCCACCCACACCCCCUUCUUUGAUUGUGUGUGUGUGUGUUUGUGUGUGUGUGUGUGCAUUGGCAGGCACUUAUAUGUAUGUCUUUUAGUGAGUGAUGUGCAUAUAUAUCUAUACAUAUAUGCAAAGGAAGACCAACACGAGACUUAAAUAUUUUAAACUUCAAGCUGUGGUAGCGUGGAAAAAUUCCCAACCUUCUUCAUUGGACUGUUAUCAGUGUGUUUAUUGAACUGGCAGUCUGUUGAUCAUUCCCUGAUUAUAUUUAAAGCAUUGUUUUUGUGAGGAAAGCUCUUAAUUCUGAAAGAAAUCCUGCACUUCUGCAGAUGAACCCCAACAAUAUGAGCUUAUUUGAAAUAAGAGCAACUUGUCAUAAUGUCUAAUAUUGUGUGUGCGUGCGUGUGUGUGUGUGCGUGUGCGUGUGUGUGUGUGCGUGUGCGUGUGUGUGUGUGUGUGUGUGUGUGCGUGUGCGUAUUAGUGGCAGGGCCAUGGCACAUGCACCUCACUGUGUUUGCAGGGCUCAGCAGCAUCCAGCACACUGAUCCUUGCGCUCUCAAACCUGGUAAUGAUUGUGAUGAUGCUGUCUGUUCAUUGCUUACCAUAUUCCGGAUGUUUGUCUCUAAUUGUUGGUGUUUGUUUGAACUUCUCUCUUGUACCAUACUGGAUCUGAAACAUGUGAAG